CUCCACUAGAAUUGUUUAGCCCUAAUCACUCGACAACUGUCAAUCUCUUUUCUUUCUCCCUCAACUUCUCCACUCUCCACUCUCAGAGUAUCUUGGCGACGGCGGCCGUGGCAGCCUCCGCAAGGAAAUGAUAGCUUCCGGCAGAGGGGCACUGAAGCUGCAUCUGCCUUUUAUUUCUUCUACCAGAUUUGAAUUGGUCCGGUUUAGCAAACUCGCGUUGCCACCGGUUUUGCAUCAAGUUCUCCGAGUCUCACCCAUUCAUUUCGGUUCGAUCCGAUCCGGUUUAUUAUUUCAAAUACCAAAGUUGAGACAGCGUUGUGCUUCAUCUUCAUCUCUGGCUUCAGAAAAUCUUUCGAUGGCAAAGGAACCUGUCAAGUACUCAGUGGUGGACGCGUUCACUGAGUCAGCAUUCAAGGGAAAUCCUGCUGCAGUUUGUUUGUUAGAUGAAGAAAGAGAUCGCCAAUGGAAGCAAGCUGUGGCUGCUGAGUUCAACAUCUCCGAGACUUGUUUCUUAAAUAAGAUCUCUGACUCCCGUUUCACUAUCAGAUUCUUCACUCCUCUUACCGAGGUUGUACUCGAAUCUGGAGCAGCUGUGAAAGAAGUACAGCCACAAAUUGAUGAAAUAGUCAAAUAUCCUGGAAGGGGGUUAAUUGUUACGGGGUCUGCUCCUUCAGAGUCAGGAUUUGAUUUCUUCAGUCGAUUCUUCAGCCCUAAACUCGGAAUCAACGAGGAUCCUGUUUGCGGGAGUGCACAUUGUAGCCUAGCUACCUAUUGGAGCAAGAAGUUGCAAAAGUGUGAUUUCAAUGCUUAUCAGGCCUCAUCAAGAGGAGGAGUUUUGAAAAUUCAUCUUGACGAGCAGAACCAAAGGGUGCUUUUGCGAGGUAAGGCUGUUACCGUCAUGGAAGGCUCUAUUCUGGUCUAGUCCUAGUAGUCCUAAACUCCUAAUGUUGUUGUUACAAAAUAAGUGCUUGGCAUGGCCCCAAUAUGUGUUGGUUAAUUUUUAUCUCCUUGAUUCAGAGUUAUUGAGAUUUCAUGAAAGAAUUAUCAGUUUUGCUAGCUAGUCAAUCUUGUUUGAGUUGCUGAACUAUAUAACAAGGCCAUUGUAGUUGCUUUUGUUGAGUGGAAUUAAUAACAAUAUAAUACAUUACUUCAUUAGUUAUC